UGCCUCCAACAACCAUCACCAUGGGAAAGAUCGUGUUCUACGAGAAGAACAACUUCCAGGGCCGGAAGUAUGAGAACACGGUGGAUUGCACCGACCUGGAGGCCAUGGUGCAGGGCCCCGUGAGCUCCGUGCGCAUCGAGAGCGGCACCUGGGUGCUCUACGAGAGGAAGGACUUCACGGGCACCAUGCACGUGCUCUCGCCCGGCAAAUUCGCCGACCCGGCACAGUGGCAAGUGCAGGGCGAGCAGUACAUCCUGUCCUGCCGCAUCCUCCGCCAGGCGAGCGGUGGCCACCGCAUCCGCCUGUACGAGAAGGCGGAGUUCGCCGGCGACUGCCUGGAGCUGAGCGAGGACUGCCCGGUGCUGGAGGCGCGCUGGGGCCGCAAAGACGUGCAAUCGGUGCGCGUGGUGUCCGGCGGUGCCUGGGUGGCGUACGAAGAGCCCGAGUACCGCGGCCGCCAGUACUGCUUGGAGCGCGGGGAGUACCGCAAGCACCAGGCGUGGGGCGCGACUGCGCCGCGCGUGCAGUCUCUGCGCCGGUUUACCGAGUGCUGAGCGAGGACCCCCCCCCCCCCCCACCACGGCCACCUCGUCCUCCUCAUCCCAGCAGCGGUGUGCGCGCACUGCGUGGAGGGGGUUGGAGCGUGGGCACCAAAAACCCAAAGUCCAUGGGCCCAAACGAGAUGCAAUCUCUUUGUCUGGGUAACAACCGAGGUGGCCGUAUAUAACCUUUGCGGCCACAAUUCAUGUGCGGCCAAUAACAGUGAAAUAUAAGUAAAAAACCCGAUUUGAAAUGGGUGGGUUAUGAAAUACUUCACCUAUUUUUCACCAUACAAAAAGGUGCGCUACAUGAGAUGGUACCAAUUUCUGUUCUGGCCCAUGGACUAAAGCCACGGUCUAUACACUCAAGUCGUCAUCAUAGUCAUCAGGAGCCUCGAGUUAUCCGCUGCUGGAUGAAGGCCAUCCUUGGGGGGUAUUGUUGUGUUGCAGCAUUCGAUCCAUCUUUCCCCUGCACCACAAGCCAAUCUCAAGGUUCAUUUUCUGCGGUGAGUGUCCUCUAGGGCGUAUUCCACACACAGGUAUAUAAGUUUAUACUGCAGGCCUGUAAAAACCCAUCGAUUAUAAAUCGGAUUAAAUAAAUGGUUAUGCUCAUCGUGAAUCGGGAUCGUGCGCAUGAGAAUUCUUUCAUCAUACGCUGAUGUUUCGUUUGGGUUAAACGGUCCUCAACUUUACAAACCAGAUUAAAAACAAUCUAUUGUCAAUUCAAACCGUGACCUCCAAUCAUUAUAAUUCAUCCAUUUAGUCAUUACAUGCUUAAUAAUACAGUAUGUUGAACUUCUUUUGCACCGUACGUAGCCAAUCAUGCUAAUCGGCGGUGUGGGAUGAAGAUAUGCCCACGCCAGUACUAUCCGACUGGCCCCGUGGUGAUGUACUACAUCUAAAAUAGCCACUGAAGCAACUUUUGGUUUGCAGUUAUGAUCCAGCGACUAUGAAUAACGUAAUUUUAAAAAAACUAAUGUAAUGUUCCUUUUCUUAAGGAAGCAAGCUACAUUUUAACGUUUAAGGUCUGUUUACCAACACGCUACAUCUCUCCUUUCCCACGUAGAAUAUUUGUUAAAUAUGACCUCUAUACUAUAAUUACACAUAUUCUGGGCAUAUAUCAUGGAUGCACAGGGAUGACAUGUGUGUAAUGUAUUCAUGAGUUCAUUCCACAGCAAGAUAAUUGGAAUGUAGAUAAUAUAAUCAAGUGGGCAGGUCUCUGCUCCAGGCCCACAUAGCCUGCUGCUGUGAGUCCAACACAAUGUGAUAACACCGGCUACAGAAGCUGCACAUUCAAGGGAUGGCGUACAUGGACAGUCCUUCUGUCUAUCCACUGCUGGAUGAGGGCCACGAGAUGAUGA